AUGGUCGAAGGUGUCGAAAUAAUCGAUACUGAUAAAACAGUAUUAUAUGCAUUCCGUUUUGGAACAUCUAAUAAACUUGUUCAUCUCACUCAACAACAACUUAAUCGUAUUCCUUAUUUAUUUAAUCUUGUGGCACAUAAAGAUGAUUUUUUAUUAGUUCAAAACGAAAAUGGUGAAUAUGUAUUAAGACAUCCAAUUGAAUAUAAUUGGUUCAUGCCUAUUCUUUGUUCAAUUACUUCCGAACAAUCAUACACAUUAUUUAGUGAACUAGUAGAAGAUGAUAAUGUUUUGGAUGCACUUCAACUAUUUGAUUAUCUAGGCAUCGAUCCAUUUCCUUUACCACUUCUAAAAGACAAAUCUUUGGUCCUAUCAAAUCCAAUCAAAAUUGAUGAUGAUAAAAAACAAGUUAACGAUGAAGCACAAUCAGCUCGAUCAGGCCGUUUCAAUACAUUACCUAAACGACUUAAGGUCGACAAAUGCAAACAUCGAUUUGGUCCAAAAGCACAAAAAUAUCGAUAA